AAGCAGGGAGCGAAUGGGAGGAGAGACGGCGGGCCAAAAGAACGAGUCUCUGAUCGCGACAGAGAGUGGGAGGCUCAUGGCCAGUCAAUGAGAGAUCUUUGCUAGCUGUCCACCAACUGUUGGAUUAUUCCCGAGGAAGGACCUUAUCCGGACACCCGCUGUGCCCCCCCGCCCCCUGACCCUUCAUCAGUCACAUUUAGGACCUCAGCUCUCCCCAGGUCUCACCUCUCGUUCUCCUUUCACCCUCCCCACCUUCCUCCCCUCUCCCCUGCUUUCCCCUUCUCAGGAUGUCGUGCGAGGAGGCUCAGCUCCACAAAGAGAGGCUGCAGGCCUUGGCGGAAAAACGAAAACGUCAAACCGAGAUUGAAGACAAGAGACGUCAGCUCGAUGAGUUGGUUUUGCAACUACAGCAGCUCAAGUCCAAAGCCAUGCGGGAGCGAUGGCUCCUUCAGGGAAUGGCGGCAGAACAAGAAGAGACAAGGAGGAAACAACUGCAACUGGACGAGGAGCACGGGAAGACGAUGGAAACCAUGAUACACAGGCUGGAAUCUGAAAUCGGCGCACUUGAGUGUGAAGAAUCUUUGAUUUCAGCCAAAGAGCGAUCUUUGCGGGAACGUCUCAAGGAGACGGAACGCACGAUUGAAGAUAUGCAGAAGAGUCUGAUGGCAAAUGAUGGAGUGGAGGCCACCGGCUGCACGUCCGCUCCUCUCUCGGACGGCGCGGACCUCGAUCCCGAGCGACUCGUCCCGGCCACGCAGCUUCGGACCGGCCCACCUGCGCCUGGAGACAAGGCAACUCCCAGACCCGCAAUGUUUGCCAUGGAGAUCAACGUGCAGCAUGACCCUCAGACGGGCGAACGGCGGGUCCUGUCAUCGAACCGCGUGAACCCCUCCGAAGCGGGCUCGCGCGGCAUCAAGGUCUACGACGACGGCCGGAAAGUCGUGUACGAAAUCUCGUCCUCCGGGGGCGUGUCCACAACCUCGGUGGAGAACGGGUGGAGCUCCUCGCAGGUCGACCAGCUGAUCCAGAGGGCGGUUCGACCCGGCGAAGCUGGAGAUGAAAGGAGGGGUCAGGUGUUGGUUACCCCCGCCGCCCCGCAGGCCUACGUCUCACCGACGGCCGCGGACGAUCUGUCCCCGCCGUCCUGCGCCCCGCCCUCCAUCCCGUCGAGCCCGCCGGCCCAGGUCAUCCUCCAGAGGGAGACUCGGCUAGGCAUGAUGCCGCCAUCCCCGGCUCCCAUCAUGACGCAACCCGGCCCCUCGGCCCACCCGGACCCGGAGGUCAUCUUCGUGCCCCAAGCCAGCGAAGAGCACCCGGUCACCAUGGUGUUCAUGGGCUACCAGGACCUGGACGACUCUAGCGAGAGCCGGCGGCUGCUGGGUUUCGACGGCGCCGUCAAAGCCGAGGUGGUCCUGAUCGACGAAGACGACGAGAAAUCUCUGAGGGAGAAGACGGUCACCGACAUGUCCAUCAUCGACGGCACGGCGGCCGACCUGGUGUCGGGCCGGCCGGCCACGUCCGAAGCCGUCAGCACGGAACUCUCGUCGGAGGGCCGCGAGCCCGACAGCGCCGCCUCGCCCCCGCCGAACCCCGAAGCCAACAAAGCCCCGCCUCCUGGCCUCACCCCUGCCACAGGAUUCGCGAUUAUCGGGACAACAACCAAUGGUCAUCAGGCCGAGAUGGCGAGCAGAUCUCCUCACACUGCCAUGAAAUCGUGGCAGGCACCCGAGGAUGUCAGUGGCACCACACCUAAGGAACGAGCCUUGAAGUGUGUCACUUUCCAAGAAUCAGUCAGCAUCAUCACUGACGGACCGCUAAUCAUGGAAGUGGAGAGCCAGCAAAUUCAACAUGGCUGCCUCAGCAGAUCCAGUAUCCAAGGUCAAAGUGGAGUCGAGCUCAAGGCCGAGACAUCGGACAGUGAUGUCGAGCAGGAGAUCCGUUACCUGGAUCAAGUGUUAGAUGCAGCCUCCGAAACGCCCACAAAUGGAAACUCCUCCCCGUCUGCAUACACCAAACCCAUCAGCAUCGACGGAACGUAUUCGUCUGUGUGUGUGUCUGAGUCCUCUCCUGGUUAUCACCGACCAAUCGUUGUAGAGGGGCAAAGACAAACCACCGUCCUUCAUCAGGAUGAAUCCUUUGUGAAAACCAACGGGCAUAUACCGACGGAUGAAUCGAGCCACAGCAAUGCAAAGUUCGAGCUGAGAGCGUUUCAGGAAGAAAAAAGGCCGGCAAAACUCUUCACCCCGGGAGAAGAGCAGCACGUCCGAGUGACAAGGAGACGAAAUCCGGAAGAGGUCCAGGAGUUGGAACGUGAGCGUCAGGAGCUGAUCCGAGACCAGGCAGUGAAGAAAAACCCUGGUAUUGCUCAACGUUGGUGGAACCCUCCACAAGAGGUUCCCUUGGAGGAGCAGCUUGACCCGGAACAGCUCGAGUCUCUCCGAAAAUACCAAGAGAGAAAAACAGAGAGGAAGAUUCCAACAUACUCGUACACACAGCCCCAAGUUACUGGACCACCCACGCUGGUCACCUUUGACCCAGAGUUAAUCAGGAAGGAAGACGUUGUGGAAAAAAAGAUUGACUUCUCAUCUGCCAGGAAGCAAUUCCUGCAAACUGAUAUGACCAAGAAUUCCAUCACUCCUCAGAUAUACUCUGCCAGACCCUUCUCCAAGUCCAUACCGAGGGGCAACCAUGGCAACAUUGUUCCUGAAGUUGGAGAGUGUCACGUGACCUGGUCUGAUGAUGGAAUUGCAGGAGAAUUUGCCAGUGUUCGUGCUGUCAUGACAAAUGUAAGUGAUGAAGAGGAAGGGAAAAGCCAGUUUCCCCUAGGCUAUCUCCCAGAGGAAUCCGACUCCGGAUUGGAAGAGUUAUCAGUCCGCUCUCAGGACACGACGGUGUUUAGCUUGGAUAGCAUUUCAGACAGUGGGGCCUCAUUUCCACCCACACCACUCCCACUUACACCGGUGUCACCAUCUACCCCUCAGCCCACUACACCAGUCAACGGGCGAACCACUGGCAGUGCAGUAGAGGAUGAGCUGGAAUACCAAGCAGAAGUUCUUGUCCAAAACGUUAUUCAAAACGCGCUCUCGACAAACGGAGGCGACUGGCAGUCUUCUUCCCCGAACUUGGAUUCUUCACAAAUGAGCAGCCCAGUGUCCCCAUCCUCUGCUUCAACAAGUAGUCCAGUGCCAGUAUCGUCCUCCCCUCUGUCUUUUGGAGAAGCUGGCCAUUUGCAAUCACCUGUCUCCUCCAUCGCUGCUACAUCUAACCCUUCCCCGCGACUGGAUCUACUUCCCGAGGUUCAGGUUGCUUUCCAAGAGAAGCUUACCACACAAGAUGUUCCUCAGCGGCAAGAGUCAUCCUCAUCCAGUCCAACCCUGUCAUCACAAUCAUCUCCAACUCAUUCUCAGCCUGUCUCCCCCCCACAGAGACCCAAAGUAGGAGGACCAAGGAUCAAGAUCCAGUCUUCUUACACCAGAGCACUUGCUUCCUCAGCCGCAGUUUCGGCACCGGCUCCUUGCCCUACAACCAAUGUACCCAGGCCGGCCCCAGUCUGCCGUCCCCCUUCCCCACCGAGCCCCGAAAAAUCAGAGUUCAGCUACUUCAGUAAGUAUUCCGAAGCGGCUGAACUGCGUAGCACUGCGGCGGCAACGAAAGCCCCCGAGGUGGAAGUAGCAAGCGGACCAUUCCGCCUUCGCUCCAAGAAACAACGUACAUUGUCCAUGAUCGAGGAGGAGAUCCGAGCAGCUCAGCAGAGAGAGGAAGACCUGAAGAAACAGAGAGAAGCACAACCUGCUGCUAUUCCUCGUGUCGAGAACCCUUCCGGCACCGGUCAAGUUCCUGGCAGAACAGGGGUACGGAAAACCACCAUAUCCCCGGCAGACAAAUUGAAGAGCAACAGCCUGCCGACGAGACUCACGCUGACGUCAAGGACAGCACCAGGAAAGAUCGAAAAAAUUCGACCCGCUCAGCCUGUCUCACCUUCGCCGUCGGAAGGAGCUCUGUCUGACGCCGGCAGCGAGGACUCUGGAGGAUCUCGGCCCAAAAACUUCAUGCAGACACUUAUGGAAGACUAUGAAACACACAAAGUGAAGAGGAGGGAGAAAAUGGAAGAUAACAGUUUUGCCCAUUUGUUGCUGGCUAAUGAGGUAACCACUGAGGUCUUGGAGGCCACUCGCAUUACCCGAAGGAAAAGUGACAUGGCGCUCAAGUGGGAAGCCGGAAUUUAUGCCAAUGAGGAUGGAGAAGAGGAGGAAGAGGAAGAGGAGGAGUGAAAAUAGGAUGGUGGGGGAAGGACAGUCAGGGGAAACAGUAUUUAUUUUGUUCUUAGUGUUCUGAUGAUCACAUGACCCUCUGGUCUGACCAGUGGAGCUCAACGAGGAAGUGUCCAUUUUUUGGACUGGAUUCUGCAAGUGUAAGGAAAAACGGGGAUGUGAGUAUGUGACGAUAAAAGGAAGGUGAUGCAAAAAGUCAGUAUUGACUUCAUCUGCGUGAGGUUUAAACAAGGAAGGAAUAAAAGGUCAUGUUUGUGAUUGUUUUUGAGCAGGCUGGAAAUUUGCCGUUGGUCUAAAAACCACUUCUUGGUUUGUUGACGGUGUCUUUUGUAGGCAGUUGUUGUCUUAUACUAAGGUAGGAUUGUGUAUUUGACAGGAGCACAUUUAUUCCAGUGUACUUAUUAUACUUGCUAGCUAUGGCAAAUGUUUAAAAAAAAAAAAAGAAAACUUUUUUUAUAAAAAGUGUGGAGACAACCAGUUUGCCUAUUUAAGAGAUUUUCUUCUAUCAGCUCGACGACAAAUAAUGAAACCCACUCGACAACGGUCAUUUUUUUUGUUAAUGUCAAGAGAACGGUGAGAAUAUUUUUGAACCAAAGGUCACCAUUUUUGAUUUGCCGGAGUGUCUUGUCCAAGUGUCCUUUGGCUGGACACUGACCUGUCUGCCCCUCGACUCACUCAAUUAAAACUGCUUUUACACGCAUAAUAAUAUAUUAAAUGACGUAUUUAAAUGAUGUUUGUUUUAAAGUGCAGUAAUGCUAAAUAUGACCAAGGUGCAGGACAAAGGGCAAAAAAAUAAGCCUGAGAAGUUUUGGCGAUUUUAUUUGGUGGUUUCUAAGGUUUUAAUGACUUAUUCAAAUGGCUUCUUACGCUUGACUUUUGUAACUUUUGGCAACAAAAGUUUUGUUUAUUUUAGCUGAAACUAUACAAACGGAAUGACAGCACAGCAUUUCUGUUGAUUGAAUUCUUGAUGCAGAGAUGAUUUAUUUAUCUUUUGAAAAGCCGCUAGCUUGGUUGAUAAUGCAAUUUUAUGAUUGAGAUUCAUAACCUUUGUCCUCAUGUUAACCACUCGUAUGUUCAUAUUGUGCUCCACUUUAUAUAGCACGUGUACGGCUCACACUUAAUCGCCUGUUAUAUAUAUUAUAAAUAUUUUCGCAUUAAAUACAAAACUUGACAAUU